GGCGUAGUGUUAAGUCUUGUGUUGAUGGGUUCAGUUGGUAACUCAAUUCUCCCCGCAAGCUGCUGAAUAGUCUGUUGGUGAUAGUAACUUGACGAUUAUUUUAGCCUCAUUAAAAUCUGAUCGUGAAUUGUUUCCAUGAAUUCUGGGGACGGUUGCUCUAUGAUUGGUGCAGCUACACGUCAUUGCUUCGGAAAUUCAAACUUUAAACUUGGAAUAUUUUCUACAUCAGUUUUUCAUAAAAUUUGUUUCAAACCUUUCUUUUCAAUUUGGUGAAAAACGUGUUGAUUAAAUAAUUUAUUUGUUUUCAACGAUGGAUGGGAAUUUGUACCAAAAAGUUUCUGCAAACCAGAACGCAAUUCCUUUGUCCGAACUUUUCGGUAAAAGACGAUACAGGAGUCGUUUUCCUGAGAAUGGCGACAUUCACGGUGACCCACAAAACUACAAAAAAGACUAUGAAGAUAAAGAAGGGAGCACUAGCAUUAUCUUUUCUCUACCAGAGAAAAUCGGAGUUCUGGCCGCUGCCCUAAAGGUGUUUGAGGAACACGGGGUCAACCUUCACCACAUCGAGUCAAGGCCGUCACGUGGUGACCCCAAGAGUUUCGAGUUUUUUGUGGCUUGCGACAACCAGACAGGAGGUUUGAAGGAGGCUAUCGACCAUCUGAGGAAGUCCGCCAACAAGUUAACAAUUUUGUCCAGGAAGGUUGAGAACGGAGAGUCUGACGAAGACUCGACAGAAACUAAAGUUCCGUGGUUUCCUCGCAGAAUCAAGGACCUAGACAGAUUUGCCAACCAGAUUCUUAGCUAUGGAUCUGAACUGGACGCUGAUCAUCCGGGAUUCACAGACCCAGUCUACAGAGAGAGGAGAAAGGAGUUUGCUGAUAUUGCUUUCCAUUAUAAAUAUGGUCAACAAAUCCCCAGAGUUGAAUACACAAACGCAGAAAUCAAGACUUGGGGGACAAUAUUCAAAGAGCUGGUCAAGCUGUACCCCACACAUGCUUGCCGUGAGUUCAACUAUGUGUUCCCUCUGCUGAUAGACAACUGUGGCUUCAGGGAGGAUAACAUUCCGCAGUUACAGGACAUCUCAGAUUUCUUGAAAGAUUGCACUGGAUUCACUUUACGCCCUGUGGCUGGGCUGUUAUCCUCUCGAGACUUCCUUGCUGGGCUUGCAUUCAGAGUUUUUCAUUCAACCCAGUACAUUCGCCAUGGGUCUAAACCAAUGUAUACCCCUGAACCUGAUGUUUGCCAUGAGGUCUUGGGCCAUGUUCCCCUACUGGCUGAUCCAUCAUUUGCUCAGUUCUCCCAGGAAAUUGGACUUGCAAGUCUUGGGGCACCAGAUGACUACAUCAAAAAAUUGGCUACUCUGUACUGGUUUACUGUAGAAUUUGGCCUGUGUCGACAAGAAGGACAUCUGAAAGCUUAUGGUGCUGGUCUGUUAUCCUCAUUUGGAGAGUUAGAGUACUGCCUGAGUGACAAGCCACAGGUCAUGCCCUUUGACCCACAGAAAACUUGUGAGCAGGAGUAUCCAAUAACAUGCUUCCAGCCAAUUUAUUUUGUUGCUGAGAGUUUUGACACUGCUAAAACAAAGCUCAAACAAUUUGCUGCGACCAUUCCUAGACCAUUCAGUGUCCGCUUCAACCCCUACACACAAAGUGUUGAAGUCAUCAAUAACAAACAGCAAAUCAUCAACCUAACAAAAGAUAUCAGAGGAGAUCUGUCUUUACUGGAAGAUGCACUGGCCAAGCUUGAAGCCUAAGGGUGGUACCAUAGAAGAUCUGGUUCUUAAAUUUUAUCUUGUUAAUUGUUGACAUUUUCUCAAACAUUCUCUUAUAAACAUAUCUAUUGUACAUAUAAUCACUUGGUUAUUGUUAUCUAGGGAAACAAAUCUACUGUAAAAGCAUAAUAUUUGAAUAACAAAUUAUUCACUGUGUUGUUGAUUGUGACAAAUUGAUUUUUAUUCAGCAGAUUGUGUUAAAUUAUUGCAUUUAAAAUAUGUCAGUUCAUGUUGGUAAUUAAAUAAUCAAAUGAGUUUUAACUUCUUCAAUAACUGUGUUACUACCAUAGUUCUUAGAGGAAUAAAUGGUAGUAAUCACUCUUAUAUUGUAAUCUAUAGAAACAUGACAUCUAGUUGUAUACUUUUUUCCCCACCUGUUAUCACCAACAUGUGAUAAAAAGAACUACAAUUAAUGUUAGUGUAUUUUGUCUCACUUUUACUCCAUUGCUUUGUGUAAAUGCUUUUAUUAACCUAUGGUUAAAUGGCUAAAUAACAAUUAAUUAAAUUAAAGGC